CCUUUUCCUUCUCUUGGAUUCUCCAUCUGGAUGACGAGCAGCAUCAUUCACCAAGUCAAAAAAAGCUGGAAGUCGUCUUGGACUCCUUCCUCUUGCUCAGGCACAUCUGCCCUUUCUGUCAGGCUUGGGGACCAGUUCUACAAGGAAGCCAUUGAGCACUGUCGCAGUUAUAACUCGCGGCUGUGCGCAGAGCGCAGCGUGCGGCUCCCCUUCCUGGACUCGCAGACUGGGGUGGCCCAGAACAACUGCUACAUCUGGAUGGAGAAGAGGCACCGAGGCCCAGGCCUCGCCCCGGGCCAGCUGUACACAUACCCUGCCCGCUGCUGGCGUAAGAAGAGACGAUUGCACCCACCUGAGGAUCCAAAGCUGCGGCUGCUGGAAAUAAAACCUGAAGUUGAGCUGCCCCUGAAGAAGGAUGGGUUCACCUCAGAGAGCACCACGUUGGAAGCCUUGCUCCGUGGUGAGGGGGUCGAGAAGAAGGUGGAUGCCAGAGAGGAGGAGAGCAUCCAGGAAAUACAGAGGGUUUUGGAAAAUGAUGAAAAUGUAGAAGAAGGAAAUGAAGAAGAGGAUUUAGAGGAGGAUAUUCCCAAGAGAAAGAACAGGACCAGAGGACGGGCCCGUGGCUCUGCAGGUGGCAGGAGGAAGCAUGACCCCGCCUCUCAGGAAGACCAUGACAAGCCUUACGUCUGUGACAUUUGCGGCAAGCGCUACAAGAACCGGCCAGGACUCAGCUACCACUACGCUCACACUCACCUGGCCAGUGAGGAGGGGGAUGAAGCCCAAGACCAGGAGACCCGGUCCCCACCCAACCACAGAAACGAGAACCACAGACCCCAGAAAGGACCGGAUGGGACAGUCAUUCCCAAUAACUACUGCGACUUCUGCUUGGGGGGCUCUAACAUGAAUAAGAAGAGUGGGCGGCCUGAAGAGCUUGUGUCCUGUGCAGACUGUGGACGCUCUGGUCACCCGACCUGCCUGCAGUUCACCCUGAACAUGACCGAGGCUGUCAAGACCUACAAAUGGCAAUGCAUAGAGUGCAAAUCCUGCAUCCUCUGUGGGACCUCAGAGAAUGAUGACCAGCUACUCUUCUGCGAUGACUGUGACCGUGGCUACCACAUGUACUGUUUAAAUCCUCCUGUGGCUGAGCCCCCAGAAGGAAGCUGGAGCUGCCACUUAUGCUGGGAACUGCUCAAAGAAAAAGCUUCAGCCUUUGGCUGCCAAGCCUAGGGCCCCAGGUCAUAGCAGGUGACUUGCUGCUGAAGAGGCUGAACCAGAGCCCAGUUUAAACCAGAUUAAGCCCCUACUCCGAUGUAUCCAGACAGACCACCUGUAAGGAAAACCAGUCAUCACAGAGGGUACAGACACAGGGACCCAAGAGGGCGAGGUAGCUACUUACCUCCCACACACAGGUUUCAGUAGUUCAGCCAGCCCCUCCUCGUUUCUACCAGAAGGAUCUUGCACUUUUUGAAGAACAGCCCCAGCCCUGUGGAAUCCUCUCACGUGUACCCUAGCACUGUGGCCGUCUCACUGGUUCCCAUUUUAAAGGAAGCCAUUUUGUGACCACUCAUCAGUUAUUCAUGUGUAGUUUGGUGUUUUCUACCUAUUGUGUUCUAAGAAAUCUUCUCACAGCUCCUUGCCUCCAGCUGAGGCGCUUCAUCCUGGAAUCAGCAAAGGAGCAAAGGCCUGUAAAGAUGUUAUUUAUUACAAGCCUCCCUGAAACUUCUAGACUCAGAGCCUGGAGGCCAUCUUGACGGUGAAAAUUCCUCCUGGUUCCUUGGUCUCUGUGAAGAGGAAGAGCUUCUGAAGAUAUCAGAGCUGCAGAUAUGCAGUGGCAUCCGUAGCCAGGGCAGUCUCCUGACGGGGCUUGGGAGGGAAGUGGAGGCAUUGAGGGGCGGGAGGAAACGUUUUGAAGAUCAUUUUGAGGCCUGCCAUAGCCCAUCAGUAUUUGUUAUCCAUCACGGAGUGGCUUUGCGAGAGACCAGGCUCUGUGGGUCCUUCACCUUCAGAACUGGGGCAUCCUUGAGGGGAGAUGAGCCACAACAUGUGGGCAGAGAGAGAUGCUGAGACUCUGCCUCCCAAACAACCUGGGUCUGGAACUUGCCCUGGUAGGACUCAAGAGCCAAGAAGGUGAGUGAAGAAGGCUGUCCAGUCAAGAAUCUGAACGUUGGUGCAAAGGACUGCAGCUUUCGAGAAACCCUACAGUAUUGAUGUGACACUAUGAAUUCCUUUUCCUAAGUAAUUUCUUCCUUCCACGAAGUAUAUGUCUGCGAUUGUCUACUAAGGCCUGACUCUGGAAAUUUUAGGAUGGGGGAGAGAUGAUUAUUACCAAAACAAAUAAUGGGGGGGCGGGGGUGAUGUGAUCCUUUAUGAUCAAGGUGGCAAUGAUGCAGGACCCUCAGCUUGAGGGCUGCUCUUGUCUUCUAAGCUCCCCAAUACAUGUUGGAUGCUUGUUUUAAAAAAAGCAAUGUAUUGAGAAGAGAUGGGGAGGCUCAGACUCUGAGAAGCCUGUGUUGGAAGUCAACGUUGUGGGCCGGGCUGCCUUUGGAUCUCAGUAACAGUGGCAACAGCAGCAGCACACAAUAACUGACACAUUUCUGGAAAAAUCAUUUGCCCAAAGGGCAGGUCUCCAUGAGUGGGACCCUCGCGCAUGCUCAGCUUCCCUGAAAUCAGCUCCAUCUCUGUGGUCCGGCUGCUUACAACAAAGGCCAAGGUUAUUUUUAGCCCUUCAGCUCCUGAAGAAACCCCUGGAGACUCAGAGACUGGGGCUAGUUGGGCCACUUCUGCCUGCUGCGGUGUUCGCUCUGCGACUUGGCAAGAGCCUUCCUCCCAGCUAAUUGCUCUUGGCCAUUGGACCCAGGGCAGCCUGGCAUGGAGCCAAGCUGUGUUGGUCUCCCUCAGUCCUUUUCAGGGUGACCUGUGGCAAGAGAUAGGGGUCACUCUCCUGCAGGGGCCUCUGGCCUCAGAGUGAGUUACACACAUACAUAAUGACCUAAUAUAAAGGGCCCUGACCAGAUGGGAUUUCAUCUUCCUCAUAAGAUGUUUUCUUACCCCUGCUGGUUGGUGAUGCUGGAGGCCCAGGGUUUGGGCAGCUGCCAUGUUGUCACAUCACUUGUUGACCCCGGAGGGUCACCUCAGAGGGGCAGGUUUCUUCUCCUGACCACUCUGGCUCUCUAUCCCCCUACCCCCAGACCCAAAGUGGGGUGUCCUCAAAGGCUGAUUAUUGGUUUUGAAAAUCAUUUUGACUUAAUUUUAGGAAACAAGUUACCAAAAUAUCCCAUACGCCACAAUGGCUUAAAAGUUAAAAAAGCAAAUCUGAAACCAGAAACUGUGGCCCUACUACUUGACAGGUCCUCCUUGGAGUAUGUGCAGCUCCGCUCCCUACCUCAGCACAGAUGACUGGGGCGACCCUGUCCUGUCUCCUCCCACAGAUGCUGUGAGGGGCAGACAGGAGGGUCCUGGAACCCGCUGUGGUGGCGGCGGUGGUCAUGGCUCGGGAGUGGACGUCAGGAGCGCCCAGAGUUCCCUUCCCAGUUUCACUCCCUACAGGAUGGGCCCAACCCCUUCCUCUUUGGAGAGUUCUGGUUCCCCGACUGGAAAGUGGGGAUAGCAAAGCCAGCUUAUGGGAUGGCACUUUACAGGGCACCGCAAGCAGACAGAAGUCUCCAGAGUCACAUUUGUCACCCUAUGUAUUGAAAAAAGGAAGGUGGUGGUAACCUUUGAAUUGAUCUUUCUUUGAGCCCCAGAGAAUAAGCCGGAAUUAUAGGGUACACAUGGAUGAUCCGAGUUCUGUUUUUGCCUCUGGCAUUGAGUUGCUGUGUGACCUUGGGCAAGUCACUUAACAUCUCUGAACUGGAGUUUGCCUACCUGUGAAAUGGAGAUAACACUAUUUGUCCUGCCUGUUCCACAGCGACACUGGGAGACCUAAAAAGCAUAAUAUUAUACAAAUAACCACUGGAGAGCAGUGCUUGUCAGGGAGGGACCACAAAUGAUUUCUAUGCCCCCUUUCUUGUGUGAGUUAGUUGAGAUUAGACGCCUUCUUAAAGGAAUCUCCAUUUUGACCAAAGGGAAUUUACAUUUUAAGGGCCAGGCUGCCUGUGAUCAGAGCCACCAGGCCAAAGCUGUGAGGGAAACCAUGACUGUACGUGGGUCUGUGGUGGGAGGUGAGAGAUUUACCUUGGGGUUGGGGACUUCAAAAUGAGUAUACUCAAGGUAUUCCCUUCUACAAGAGCGAUGCGGCCUAGAACGGGGAGCUGACUUAUGGAGAGGGCUAUAUUUCAGUUUAGUGUAACAUUACAUUUACAAACUUUGACUUAAAGCCUAGCUCCACUACUUUCUAGCUGGUUGACAUUGGGGGAAAUGAUUUCACCUCUCUGAGCCUCAUUUUCCAAAUCUGUAAGGUGGAGAAAUAUGGCCUAUCCAGCAGGGUUGUUGCAGGGAUAAGAGGUAAUGCUGGUAGAGAUCCUGGCAUGGGGGCCUGGCUUGAAGGCCCCCUCACCAUGGUAGCUCGUAUCAUUGUGUACAGAGGCCAUUAAUUGGAGAUAAUGACGUUGUUGACUCUCAGCCCAGGUCUUUGGAACAGCCAGGGUGCCUCUGCUUCACCCCAAUGUGGCUCCAGCCGACCAGAGAGAAGGUGAGCCUGCAGGAUCCAAGCCGGAAGUUGAAACCCUCUAUUUCCUGUAGGUAUUUUUGAAACACUGCUUUGGGGGCCUGCAGCAAAUCCAGUGCAGGCAACAUUGUGAGGAAAUAGAGACCAGGUUCCUGCUAGGAGAUUUACAGUCUAGCUUUCCUUCCAACCUCCCCCCACCCCCGACACACACACACACACACACACACACACACACUGACUCAGCACCUAAGCCAGGAACCAGCAGGUCCCAAAGGCGGCCCCCUGUCAUUGCCCCAGGGACAGGUAGGCAGCCCAGGCAGGCUGUGGAGAGCAGCUCAGCCUGACUGAACCACGCUAGCAAGUGGGUAGGUAGGAAGGAGGCCAGAUUCAUUUAGAGCUGGGGAAGAUAACAGGUUUUAAGGUUGGGGGAGGGUUAGGGUUUCACAAUGAUGAUUCGUGAUACUCCGGAGAGUUACACCCAGGGUGCAUUUUGGUCUUGGUGCUUUGAACACAACAUGAUUCCUUUCAGCCCCCUCCCCUUAAAAAGUUCAGCUAUUUUAAGGAAGAAAAAUGAGAUGAUUAUUAUUACUUUUCCUAGGAGGGCAAGUUUAGGGGACAGACCUGUGCUCUUCUGUGCUGUUGAAGAACGAUUCCUGGCAACUUCAGGUUUGGGGGCUCAGAGAAGAGGGGCCCUUAGUUUCCUCUUUGAGUCUGCGUGUAUAGGGGGUUGGGAGCCCUGAGGCCCACCUUCCCUGGCCCACAGGCUGGUUCUCAGCCUGUUAUACAAGCAGCCUCCUUUCCUCCCUCAUUCCCUGACCGCCCUCAAGGUCUCCCCUGCUGCUCAGUGUCCCUGUGUCACAACCCAAGGGAAACGAUGGCUUUCUGGGCCAGAACCAGCUCACACUUCCAGUGGAGAGGCCCUGAUGUGCCAUGCCUGGCUCCUUUCCCGAGCUGUGCACUGGUGUCACUUGUCAUCAGCUCACAUCCCUGGAGAGGGUGGGAGGAAGGCAGGCUGGCUGGCGCGAGGCUGUGGGGAGGGUCACAGAGCUUUCGUUUCAGGCAGAGCGAAAUGAGGAGAAGGGAGCAGAGGGCACUUGAGUAGGGUGCUAGAAACUUGAUUUCCACUUAAGAAGAAGUCCUGGAGCUCAAGAAGCAGAGAGCAUAGCGUGGGAAGGAAGAGUUACUAU